AUGUCAGGAAAACAUGAAGAGCCUUUGGAAAAGGCGAAGUCUACUAAACGAAAAAGCCUUCUAGAUCUGAAAUCCCUUCUGGAAGAUAGAGGAGGAACAGCCAGAUCCAAAAGUGUCUAUACUCUUAGCAAUAAUAAUUUAGACAUUAAGUAUAGUGUUACAAAUUGUGACAGCAAUAUGAGGUGUAGAAUUAGUAGACUUACAACUUUUAUGUGUUUAGUGUUUGUGGCCAUAUUCGUUGAUACCAGGCUGUUGGCUGAAGCGAGGAGUUCAGAACCACGGUACGAGACAGCUUACGCUUGCGAGGGCAAGACUCUUAAGAUCGGCUGCAGUGAAGGAUCUGUCAUUCACCUGAUCAGAGCCAAUUAUGGAAGAUUCUCGAUCACCAUUUGCAACGACCAUGGAAACACUGACUGGAGCGUCAACUGUAUGAGCACGAGGAGUUUACGGGUUUUACAUAGCAGAUGCAGUAUGCACCAAAACUGUAGUAUAUUAGCCAGCACGAAUAUGUUCGGGGAUCCGUGUCCAAACACACUCAAAUAUUUGGAAGCUCACUACCAAUGCGUACCAGCUUCAACAACAAGUACGACCACAAGGCCAUCACCACCCUGGUUGAUUACAUCACAACCGACAGUUUGGAGGUCAACAGCCCCACCGGUGCCUAAGAGUCCAGUGCUAACCCAACAAGAAAAGAAAAAACCCACGGUCAUAACACCACCUACAUUCAGACCUCAUAUAACAUUACCGCCAGAAGUUCAGCUCGGAAACGUCGGAACUAAGAAAACAACAACGCGACAACCGGAUUCAUCAUCAGAAAAGGAACCUCCGCAAACUGUAGAGAAAAUACCAGAAGUCAUCGAAGAAACCAAAGUUGAAGAACCAGAGAUUCCUAAAGAAGAGAAGCCGAAAGAAAAAGAUGAAGAAAUAUCUGCAGUUACUGACGAAGUAGUACACUGGGCACCUGAUUCUGACUCCACAUCAUCAAUCUACAUACCUCCUAGAGACAACCCCCCUUCAGAACCUGAUGUGAUCGACGAAUUCGACAAAACAUUCUCUACCAUCUCGACUCCAAUAGGCAGACGUGCGUAUUGUCCUCAAACCAAUGCGCGAGGGUUACAUUGGAACUGGACGUUAGCUGGUUCCUAUGCUGUACAACCCUGCCCUGGUGGAGCAACUGGUUUAGCUAGAUGGAAAUGCACCCUAACAUCCCAUAUCGAAGAAGAACGCCCAAAGCGCCCACGACCAGGUCUUCAGUCAGGAGAGAAUUACCACGAUCUGGGUCUAGAUCCACCUAAUGAUAGACAGAUGCAACUGAUAAGGAGAUUGGGAUCGGAAGCUUUGUUAAAAGGUCGUGAUGGUGACAGUCCAGAACAUAUGAUAGAUUACCGUGGAUCAGCCAGUACAUCAGAUCAGCAAGAUAAUGUUGACAUCGUAUCCAAUAACGACUUAAUGUAUUCAUCCAGUUCUCCCAGUUGGCACGGCCAUGCUCCCGAUCUAUCUGAAUGUCGUUCAGUAUGGCUCAAUAGUCUUGAAGCUAGGGUUAGAGAGGGAGAAUCUUUACUAAGUAUCAGCAAUGACCUCGCACAGGUGACCUCGUCAAAAACUUUAUAUGGUGGGGACAUGAUGACAACUACUAGUAUAAUGAAGAAGCUUGCACAGCGGAUGUCACAGAACGUACAGACAUUCCCUGAUCCGAGACAAAAAGAAGCUAUUGUGACUGAUAUGCUGCUUGGAGUUAUUAAAACCGGUUCAAAUCUUCUAGAAGAAAGUCAAAGAGCUUCCUGGUCAGAUUUAAGUGCGGAUGCUCAGAAUAGAGUUGCAAGCGCUCUAUUAACUCAAUUGGAAGAAAAUGCAUUUCUAUUAGCCGACGCUGUUACAAAAGAGAAGACUAUAUUGCAAAUUGUCAAAAACAUCUGUCUAUCAGUGAGAAUACUUGAAGUGAAAAAUGUUGAAGAUGAAACUUUCCCAUCGGCAAUAGCUCAAGAGCAAUGGAAGGCUUCCGAAGACACUAUCACUAUACCCAAACUUGCCUUACUUGAUAACCACCCAAUAGACCUAGUCCGUAUAGUGUUCUUCGCGUUUGAUCGUUUAGAAGAAAUUCUUCCUCCAACGUUUGGGAAGAGUCCACAGUUCGCAGCUUACUCAACAGAUGGCACCACAAGUAUUAACUCAGAAAAGGAAAAGAAAAAUGUCACACGAGUUUUAAACUCUAAGGUGAUCUCAGCCAGUCUUGGUAAUGGUAGACACAUACAGUUGUCACAGAUGGUGCAAUUGACAAUGAAACAUUUGAAAAUUGAAAAUGUUACGAAUCCUGUCUGUGUAUUUUGGGACUAUACAUUACAUGGUUGGUCAUCCGAGGGUUGCCACGUCGAAUGGUCGAAUACCACUCAUACAGGUUGCGCGUGUUCUCAUCUCACUAACUUCGCGGUUCUUAUGGACGUUCGAGGAAUGAUCCCACCAGCCCACGCGCUACCACUCAGGUUGAUCACGAUGAUAGGUUGUGGAGUGUCGAGUGUCGCCCUAAUCGCGGCUAUAGCUGUCUUCCACUGCGUCAGGAAUAUGAAGUCGGAGCGCGUGUUGAUCCACAAACACCUAUGUUUCUGUCUAUUAGCCGGUGAGCUAGUUCUCAUGCUAGGUCUUGAGUCUACGUCUCACAGAGUUCUAUGUGGACUUGUCGCUGGCGCACUCCACUACUUCUUCUUGGCAGCUUUCGCGUGGAUGUUCUUAGAAGGUUUCCAUCUGUACGCGAUGUUGGUAGAAGUUUUCGAACCAGAAAGGCCCCGUAUAUUUUGGUACUAUACGGGGGCAUACUUGUCCCCCGCGGUCAUAGUACUUGUGUCAGCCUCAAUUUACCCCACGGGGUACGGAACCCAACAUCACUGCUGGCUAACAACUGAUAGAAUGCUGAUAAUGAGCUUCGUGGGACCUGUUAUCGUCGUGCUUGUGGCAAACUGGAUCUGUCUAGGAAUGGUCAUCAACAGAAUGUGUCGUCACACUAAUGUAUCGAUCAAAUCAAAAGACAAUUCCAAUUUAUACAAGUUCAAGGUAUGGCUCAAAAGUUCGAUCAUGUUGGCUAUAAUACUUGGUUUGACUUGGACAUUCGGCUUACUGUAUCUGAAUGAACAAACGACCAUCUUCGCGUAUGUGUUCACGAUACUGAAUUCAUUACAAGGACUAUUCAUCUUUAUAUUCCACUGUUUGAAGAAUGAAACUUUUCGAUCUCAAUGCGGUCGUGUAUGCCGUCGUCACCCUUGGCUGUCUCGAUGUUUCCAAUUAGAACCUACUUCACACGACACAAGACAAGGAUCACUCAAGAGUCGCCGCUACCAACCCGAUGAUGAUGCAUUGGACCCGAGAGACGCCACGAGCUACAACUUACAACCGGAGGCUUCUCGAUGGAAUAUUCGUCCAACAGCGCCAUUAUAUGUUCCAAACGGGAACGAAGACAUAAGAAACGCCCGGGCGCCGACCCCACAAAACAUACCUCAUAGUUCCUCACACUCACACAGCAUAGCAUCGAUGCAUAGCUACAGAAACAAUAUAGAAGUGCCCAACGAUUACCAGAACCUUCGAUCGCGGUCGCCAUCUUGUUAUUCCAACAAAAUGGCGGCGUCGAUUGGCGCGAACGACUGGGCGCUAAUGGCGAAUACAGGCAAUGUCUGGAAGAACACCUCUUCUAAACACCACCCAGUGAAUGCUGCAACCUUACCUCAUCACGAUACUCUGUCUCGUCAAUUGGCCCAACAGAAUCACCUUCAUAACGCGUACAAUGAGUGCGAAGGACAAAUCGCACCAGGAUCCCCUCGACACAUCAUUAAAGACGAAGAAUCUCCUCUACAUCACCAAGGAUACCAAACCACUAGGAGCUACAACCACGACUUCAGAAACCCACACGUAUUCAUGUCCCAACACUCUCCCGGCAGUCAAGAAAUGAUAUUCAGGAAACACUACAAGGACGAAAACAGGCGGAAACAUCAUCACCACGGCAGUCAGAACGUCAACCACACAUACUCCGAGAUCGCGUCGCAACAAGGACGAAUAUACAGACGAGGAUCAGAAGAAUUCAGAGUGAUACAAGACGAUCCCGUUUACGAAGAAAUCGAAAGAAAUGAGACGCUCAUGUCCGAUAUGUCCGAUGAUAACUCCGGACCGGACAACUGCAGACAGAACCCUGGACACCACGGGUCGACGAGCUCCAAAUUUUUCGGGGAUCAUCGACCUUUGAUAUCAUACAGCCCCGGCGAAAGACACCACCACGAAACCGAGCAUUACGGGAAAUACGGCAAAUGGGACGCCAUAGAACGGCCAUACGAUCCGCGACACGCUUACGAAAGCGGCAGACUGAUGCAUUACCAGCCUCAAGAAAAUAUGAGGGCCCUAGCUGCUGUACUUAACGGAGAAAACAACGUCGUGUGUCAUCUUGAGCCGCACAACUCAUACGAUGUCUAUCAACCGCAGACCGGCAACCAGAGGACUGUGUCGCAACCCAGUUUCUGA